AUGAUUAAAAUAUUAUUUCAGAUGAUAUUUCAGCUUGUAAGAAAUAUUCACACAAGCUUUGCUUGCCGUGCUGCUGAGUCUUCGCUUCUGGCCAAACUUAGAAAGAAGACUGGAUAUACCAUUGCAAACUGCAAGAAAGCCCUUGAAAUGCAUAACAAUGAUUCUGAAAAGGCUGAAACAUGGCUGAAUGAACAGGCACAAGCCAUGGGUUGGGCGAAGGCUACAAAGCUUGCCGGUCGGAAGGCUUCACAGGGACUUGUGGCCGUGAAGUUUGAUAAGCAACACGGUGCAUUGGUAGAGUUGAACUGUGAAACCGAUUUCGUAGCAAAGAAUGAGAAGUUCCACAAAAUGUUAGAGGAUGCUACACUCGCUUGUUACAAGAUGGCUCACACAAGUCUACACUCUAAAGGACCCAUUACUAAAAUGGAGUUAGACAGUGAACAACUAGGGAAUAUAUCGGUUGAGGGCAAGAAGCUGUCGGAAAUUUUGGCUCUUUUCAUUGGAUCAGUUGGUGAAAACGCCAUACUUAGACGAGCUGAAUGCUGGAAGGCGAAUAGCAAGGACGUCAAGAUAACAGCAUACACCCACCCCGCGCCGCCCACUCCUAGUGACUACUCCUGUGGGAAAUACGGUGCUUUAUUGGCCUACAAACAACCAACUGACCUCGAUGACGUAGGCAAGCAGAUCUGCCAGCACAUUGUCGGAUGCGCUCCAAAGAAAAUCGGCGACAAGGAAAAAGAUAAGCCCAUAGAGAAUACGGAUGACGAAAUCUGUCUUAUAUAUCAGGAGUAUUUGUUGGAUCCGUCAUAUACGAUACAAGAGGUUUUGGAGCAGAACAAAGUUGAAAUCGUUGAUUUUGUGAGGUUCUCGUGCGGGGAAUCCGAUGAAGCUAACUUACCAGGUGUUGAGAAACAACCGCUGGAAACUGUUCAGACACUACAGUAG